AUGUUUCCAGACGACACCGCGCCAGACAGCGCUCUGAUGGUGCUUGAGACGCCGCUGCUGCGCGUCAGCCGGCCCGUCGCCGCCUGCUCGAGAUGCCGCAGCGCCAAGGUCAAGUGUGAUGGCAAGCUCCCCGCCUGCACCGCCUGCGAAAAGGCCAACCGCGCUGCCGAGUGCUCCAGCACCAACGACCAGUUCGCCCGCGGCAAGGAGCGCAGCUAUGUUGCCACGCUGGAGGCCCGCGUCGAGAAGCUGGAGAAGCGCCUGCAGGAAGCCCGCUCGCGCCGCCACUCGUCCGUGACCAUGACCGAUCCUGAUGUCCACCACACUCCCCGUCCCGCGCCCUCGCCCGAGGCCUCCAAGGCCACGGACAAGGCCGCUCGCCGCAAGGAGGAGGCCGACAUCAACGACCUCGUCUCUGACUUUGGGCUGCUGUCAGUCAACGCCACAGCCCGCGAUUUCUACGGAUUUACUUCCGCCAUGUCCUACGCUCGCCUCAUUCUGUCUGCCUCGUCCAAGGAGCCCUUGCCCUCGGGAAUGGCCAAAAGCCUUCCCCCACGAUAUGCCAUCACCCCCCAGAUCCAGCAUUACCUCAACACCAUGUUCGUGCUCCUGCCCAUCCUGGACGAGACCAGCUUCUAUGGCUCCGUCGACGCCGUUUACCAGCCCGACCAGCGUACCGCCUCUCCCAUCGAUAUCUGGACGCUCCGCAUGGUCCUUGCCAUUUCGUCCAUCAGUUACUCGGAGCAACGCGGAGAUGUGCAUUACAGUGAUGCUAUAGGUCACGUCAACGCAGCUCUCGAGCAUGCAGAGGCUGUGCUCCGGCCGGGCUCUGUUGCGAGCAUACAGGCCAUGUUGCUCCUGGCACAGUACUCGAUGCUCGAUCCGCAUCACUUCGACAGUUGGACCUUGGUUGGCGCUGCGUCCCGGGCAAUGGUUGACCUCGGGAUGCACGUGGAUCCCUCAAAGAGCGCCUCGAUGAGUAAGCCCAAACUUGAGCUUCGAAGGCGCGUAUAUCAUUGUUUGUAUGCCAUCGACAGGGAAACUUCAUUGGUUCAAACCAGGUCCUUUUCGUUCUCCGAUGACUCGGCCAACGUCGCACUUCCGUUCUCUGGCAGCGGGUCUUCUGCCUUGAAGACGGCUUCGUUGAACCAAUGGGACCCUUACCCUCGUCUGUGGAAGAUUUACAAUUCGAUGGCGUCCUGGUUCACGAAACUUUCGCAGAAGAUCUCGCCAGCCUCCCGUACCUAUUUCGAGCUCGAGCUUCUUUACAGCUACGUCUACAUACUCUCGCCAAGUCCACGCUGCCCCAGGAUUGGCGACUAUGCUCAACGGCUUAUCGUCGAGCAUUGCGCCACGUAUUCAUCAAGGCUGCUAGCAGUGUUGUCCGAGGAAUCGAAUGAGAAGAUGCCCGUCACGUUCUAUGACGCUAUGAGAGCGUACAUGACUGGUCGCCAGUUUGUGGAUGUGCUCUCGAGGAACCAGGAGUCACUUUUGGAGGGCCCACGUCCGAUAGCAUCACGAGCAACGUCUACAUCAACGACCGACGAUUACCUAGAUCCUAUGUCAAGCGGUAGUGACACAUUACCGCCACCAUUCCCGGAAGCGAGAGGCGGAAAUAAUGAGAACCAGGUGGUUAAAGCCAUAAAUACCAUCAACAACUUCUCGGCUAUCCUAGCGCGCCUAGGAAACCGCUUUGGUUACAUCAAUUGGCGCGACCGGUUCCAGCAGGAUGCGGCGGCUCUAUUGACCCAACUUUACGUUCGAUCACAGCAACAGAAACAAGAUAUGAACAACGGCUACCAACAGCUUAGCCCCGGAUGGCCAGCAUCCAGCGGAGCGUCGAAUCGGAGGAUCUAUCAGCUUGGGCAGGCGACGUCUGCAAACUUGGCUGCGAGCACAACGGUAGCAAUGGCUGACGAUAUGGGUCUAAAUACUGCGUGGGAGACAUUACCAGGAGGAAGCAUGAACGCCCGGUUUUCAUGA